CGCGUGAGCUGAGCUGCUAGCCCACUGUAUAAUGCACUACACAUACCAGGACGUCAAAAGACUGAGGAGGAUUAUAGAGAUGGAUCAGGCAGCCACAUUUGAUUCCAAGAGAGUUCAUAUAGACAACCUCUUCAGAAUGGUACAGUACUGUGAGAACGUGGCUGACUGUCGACGAUCACAGCUGCUUAAAUACUUCGGAGAACGAGACUUUAAUAGAGAGGAGUGUGGGAACUUCCGUGGAGCUAUUUGUGACAACUGUGUGUCUAAGGAGUCCUUCCAACUGCGUGAUGUCACAGAUGAUGUCAAGGAGAUUGUGAAAUGUGUGAAGGAUCUGACCGUCAAUGGAAGACGAGGAAAUGACUACACACUUAUCUACUUUGUGGAUAUAUUUAGAGGAGCUAAAACUGGUAAAAUUUCUGAUGCUGGGCAUGACAGGAUACCCCUUCAUGGUCGUGGUAAAAAUUACAGCAGGGCUGAUGCUGAAAGACUGCUGAGAAAAUUAGUUAUUGAUGCCAUUUUACAUGAGGAUAUAAAAAUUACUGCGACAGACACCACAGCUUGUUAUAUCAGGCUCGGACCUAAAGCCAAUGAUGUGAUGAUGGGAAAACGCAAGGUAGAGCUACAAGUGCAAGGAAGUAGGAAGAGAACUGAAGUGGCUAAGAUCGGUAAAGAACCUGUCAGUAAAUGCGAGAACGUGAUCGAAGAAUGUCUCAACGAACUGUUAGAAAUGGCAAAGACAAUCGCUGCUGAGCAUGGCCUACGUAACUACGCAACUGUAUUUCCGAUUUUAACACUGUGACAGUUGGCCGAAAAGACGCCAUUGACUGUAGACGAGAUGACGGCAAGUAUCGAUGGUUUGCCGAAAGCCAAAGUCAACAAAUAUGGAGCUGAGAGAUUCCUUG